AUGCCCUCCUUCUCCAUCGAGGUCGCUGGAGAGGCGAACCCUCUGACGGAGAAUCUUCUGGUCCGCAGCCUUACUUCUGCUGCAUCUUCAGAUCAGAAUCAGAUUCAAACGGGUACCAAGCAGCUCGAGCAAUGGGAGAAGUCGCCAGGCUUCUACAGGCAUCUUCAGAGCGCUUACUUGGAUGACCGGCUACCAUUGGAGAUUCGGUAUCUGGCCAUCAUCCAGCUCAAGAAUGGCAUCGACAAGUAUUGGAGGAAAACGGCGCUGAACGCCGUAUCGAAGGAGGACAAGGAGAUCAUCCGCUCUCGUCUACUUGACUCCGCGUUGAAUGAAACGGACGACCGUCUGGCCUUGCAAAAUGCUCUUCUCAUCGCCAAAAUUGCGAGAUCCGAAUACCCCAACGACUGGCCAGACGCACUCUCUUCCGUUGCCAAUGUACUCCGAUCACAAGCUCCGCCCCUCCAGCUUGCACGCGCGCUUCUCGUACUCUUACACAUCGUCAAAGAACUCUCCACUGGACGGCUACAACGCACCCGGCAGAAUCUCCAGGCUGCUACCCCUGAAAUUCUCCACGUACUGGGUACUCUCUAUGCUACUUCCGUCUCUUCCUGGCAAUCACACCUGGAAGAGGCCACCAUGAAACAAAGCCUUCUCGCCAUCAAAGUUCUACGCAGGCUCAUCAUUCACGGCUACGAACAUCCCAAUCGAGACGCCGCCGUGGCAUCACUUUGGCAGCUCACACAACAACAUCUUGCAACCUUCAUGCAAUACCAAGAACAACAAAACCCCCAGACUGUGCUGAUCGACAAGCACAUGGUUCAACUGGCGAAAUUGCACCACGAAAUGGCCCGUGAGCAUCCAGCUGCAUUCGCCCUAUUACCCAACUCAAUCGAACUAGUCCGCUCCUACUGGGCACUGGUCAAAAGCUAUGGCGAGAACUUUGGCUCUAAGGAAGCUGUGGUAUCUGCUGUAACUUCUGCCAGGAUCGGUUUGGAUGGGGACGCCGAUGAGGAUAAGCCCACCAUGGAGAAGCUGGCGCUGAAAGGCCUUCUGAUAAUUCGUGCUUGCGCCAAAAUGGUCCACAAUCCCGCCCAAACCUUCAAGCACCGAACGCCACAAGACAAAGAGGAGAAGUCGAAAGCCACGGAGUUGAUCAAGAAUGAACUCCUCACCCAACCCUUUGUGAAAGAGGUUAUGGAGAUCAUCGUGACUCGCUUCUUCGUUUUCAGAGCCAGUGAUUUGCGAGAAUGGGAAGAGGAGCCGGAAGAAUGGGAGAAGCGGGAGGAGGGCGAGGGAGAAGACUGGGAAUUCUCGGUCCGCUCAUGCUCGGAGAAGCUUUUCCUCGAUCUGGCUAUCAACUACAAGGACUUGCUGGUGCAGCCCUUGUUGGCUGUCUUCUAUUCCGUCGCAACUCCGGAGAACGAGAACAUCUUGUUCAAAGAUUCGGUCUACACGGCCAUUGGUCUUGCUGCCCCAGUCGUGCAGGAGCAACUCGACUUUGACGCUUUCAUUCGGCAGGUCCUUGCCGUCGAAGUGGAGAAACAACUUCCAGGCUACAACAUCAUCCGACGGCGAGCCGCAAUCCUGCUGGGCCAAUGGAUUGCCGUCAAAAUAUCCGACGACACGAGACCCACAGUCUAUGAGAUCUUCCAGCAUCUUCUAGACAAGCAGGAUUCGCUAAACGACCAGGUGGUGAGAGUGACGGCUGGCCGGCAGUUCAAAACCAUCUGCGACGACUGGGAGUUCAAGGUCGACCACUUCAUGCCAUACGCAGAGACUACACUGCUCAGACUGAUGCAACUGAUCGAGGAAGUCGAGUUGACUGAGACCAAGAUGGCUCUCCUUGAUUCCAUCUCAAACGCCGUCGUGAGACUGGAACACAGAAUCGCGCCCUUUGCCGAACGCAUUGUCAACAUGCUCCCAUCACUAUGGGCUGCUUCUGGAGACGAACACCUCAUGAAGCAAGCCAUCUUGACCAUUCUCGCUCGUCUAGUCAACGCCUUGAAAGCUGAUGGCCUUCCCCUUCACAUGUUGGCCUAUCCCAUCAUCCGUGGCGCCGUGGAGCCGGGAUCGGAGACUCAAGUCUAUCUACUGGACGAUGCAAUGGAUCUCUGGGCUGACGUUGUCGUGCAAACACCCACGCCGGCUUCCCCAGAGCUGCUCGCAAUGGUGAGAUACCUGUACCCCAUCUACGAGCUCGGGUCGGAGAAUUUGCGCAAAGCAUUGGAGAUCACGGCAUCGUACAUACUUCUCGCACCGGAGUAUAUGCUGGCCGCGGAUCGCAGAAUCGAGCUGUUUGGAGCUCUUGCCGGACUGCUUGGGAGCCUGCGGCCUGAUGCGAAUGGCCUGGUGUGCAAUCUCUUGGAGAUGGUGAUUCGCAGUGCUGAGCAGCUUGGAGCAGAAGGCGGCGCCCUCCCUGUCAUAUCAGAUCUGGUGAAGAGCGGGAUUGUGGAGAAGUUACUCAAAGGACUCAAGGGGAGUUGGACUGCUCACUGCACUACCGGGCCAAACAGGAAGGAGCCUCCAGUUGACGGCAUCAUGGAGACCGACUACUUGUCCAUCAUCGCCAGGAUCAUCCUUGCAUCCACCCAUGGCUUCAUCCAGAUUACCGACCACUUUGCAUCGGAUCGCAGCUUCACCGGCGCCAAAGGAGAACAAAUCACGGACUGGCUGCUGGAAGAGUGGUUCUCCCACUUUGAGAACGUUGGCGAUCCGUCAAGACGCAAAUUGAUGUGUCUUGCUCUCACUCAAUUGCUCGAGACGAAUCGCCACUUCAUACUGGUCAGAUUGCAAUCGCUCAUGACGGUCUGGACGGAUGUGAUCACCGAGCUUCGUGACAGCGCGGAAGAGACGACUGGAGACUCGCUUGUCUACAGCAACGGUGAUCAGCCGACCGAUGGCAGUAUGGAAUCCCCCGAGGAUGCGCGAAGAAGACAAUGGACCUACAGCGAUGCUGUGCACACUGCCAAUCUACCUGCAUUUGUCACGCGGCAUCUUCAGCAAGCGAUUCAGGCCGCGGGAGGGCUGGAAAUUUUUCAACAGGAGUGGCUCGUUAACGUCGAUCAGGACAUUCUGGCUGCUUUUUCGGCAAUGGGAAUUAUAUGA